AUGGAUGCUCAAAGCCAUGCGGCACAACUGAGAGCAGACAGGACGACACAUCUAUGGCGCGUCUGGCGGACGGUACACGAAGUGCUAGCAGCGAGAGGCUACGAAAUCAGUCAAGAGGAGCUAGAAAUGUCGAGAGACAUGUUCAUCUCAAAAUAUCAAGGUGGUGCAGACGAAGUAGAGUCAGUCGUACGAACUCAGCUCAAACUCAGAGCUGAUCCAUCAGCGGAUAUGAUCAAGCGCGACACUCCUAUGGCGACGGCCAAGAACAAAACUCCGACUACCACGGCCGGCACCAUCUGGGUCGAGAUGUGCCCAGACAAGUCAGUAGGCAUCAAGCAGACGCGGAUCUUUGCACACUUUUUGCAAGAGAACAACUACACCAACGGUAUUUUCAUAACGCAAGAACAACCGAAUGCGGCUGCGCUACGCGCUUUCGAUGCAUUGCAUGAACUGGGCAUGCAUGCAGAGCAUUUCAAAGAGGAGGAUCUGCUAGUCAAUAUCACGAAGCACGAGCUCGUCCCACGUCACAUUCUGCUAAGUGAUGAAGAGAAGAAAGUGCUGCUGAACAGGUACAGAUUGAAGGAACAACAACUGCCUAGGAUUCAAAAUUCAGAUCCGAUUGCAAAGUUCUUGGGGUUGAAGAAGGGGCAAGUGGUCAAGAUCAUCAGGAAGAGUGAGACUGCCGGUCGAUAUGCUAGCUACAGGUUUGUGUAUUAG